AUGACACACGGUGUCUCUCUAUAUGUCCUCACAGUUUCCCAGCAUGCCUCUGGUGUGGAGCUGUAUGAGGGGGACUCGUUCAUGCUGCCCUGUCAGGUUGACACUUUUGGUUUGUUUGACCCCACAGUGGUGUGGAGUCGCUCCGACCUCAGUCCUCCAACCGUCCACCAGCGUCAGCUUCAAGGAGACGAACUGAAAGAUCAAAACCAGCGUUACAGCGGCCGAACAUCCAUGAAGACUGACGCUCUGGAAACUGGAGAGCUCAGCCUGAACCUGACCAACCUCCAACUGUCUGACAGCGCCACCUACACCUGCUCCGUCAGAGACUUUGGAAAUGAACUGAGUCGGAGUGAUGUACAGCUGCAGGUCAAAGGUCAGCAAGAAGCUUCAGUGACUGCUGUUGAUAAAGAUUACAUCACUGAAGAGCAGUGGUCAUACUGGGAGCCUCUCGUGUUUCUCCUGGUUCUGGUCCUUAUAGUUUCCGGGGUUCUUUUAUUUCAUUUCUGUCACUAUUUCAUGUCAGAAUCCGAUUUCCUCAUUCCGACUACGAAGCGUCAGAUUCAGGGUUUGACCUACGAUAAGAGCGCUGCUGAAAGAGGCGUGGUCCAGAUCUGCUUCUAA